AGGGAAGACAGAGAACAUGAAGUUGGUCCAUGCCUUAAACAAUGCUCUUGACAUUGCCAUGGAGACCGACUCCACUGCAGCCAUAUUUGGGAAAUACGUGGGGUUUGGAGGAGUCUUCCGCUGCUCUGCUAAUCUCAGAGAUAAAUAUGGCAGUAACAGAGUAUUCAACACCCCGCUAUCAGAACAAGGGAUUGUGGGGUUUGCAAUCGGUCUGGCCACUCAGGGCUCCACUGCCAUAGCUGAGAUUCAGUUUGCAGACUACAUUCACCCAGCCUUUGAUCAGGUGGUGAAUGAGGCGGCCAAGUACCGCUACCGUUCAGCCAGCCACUACCACUGUGGUCCGCUGACGGUCCGGGCCCCGUACGGUGCGGUGGGCCACAGUGGCCACUACCACUCCCAGAGUGUGGAGGGAUUCUACGCCCAUGUCCCUGGGAUAAAGGUGGUGAUUCCACGUGGACCAAGUCAGGCCAAGGGUCUCCUCCUGGCCUCCAUACGGGACCAAAACCCAGUCUUCUUCUUUGAACCCAAGUGGCUCUACCAGGCAGCCGGAUUGGAGCAGGUGGACGUAUGAAAGUGUCAGACUUUGGAAUGGCCGUAGAGAGAGGUUCGGAGGGUUACUAUCGAGUUGCCUCUGGGAAGAUGGAGAAAGUGCCAGUCAAAUGGAUGGCUCCAGAGAGCAUUGAGGAUCACAUCUACACCAACAAGACUGACGUGUGGUCUUUUGGUGUGACAUGCUGGGAGGUGUUCACAUGCGGUGCUGUUCCCUAUCCUGGACUCAAUCCACUGAAUGUUCCACUGGAACUAAAACUUGGCCGUAGACUCGAGAGACCAAGCAGUGCUGUCUGUUCUGAUGAAAUGUAA